AUGAAAGCUGCAAGAUAUCACGGCCAGCGUGACUUGAGGGUUGAAGACGUGGAUAUUCCACAGAUUGUGGACGGUCAAGUUCUGGUCCAAGUCGAAUGGUGCGGGAUAUGUGGCUCUGAUUUGCACGAAUAUCUGGUCGGGCCAGCCGUCAUCCCCAGGGAAGAGGCACCCCAUCCACUGACAGGCGCAGUCUUGCCUAUAACGAUGGGCCAUGAAUUUUGCGGUAGGGUGAGCAAGGUUGGUCCAAAUAGCGAAUUACGAAUCGGCCAGGCUGUCAUGGUCGACCCGCGAGUUUUCUGUUCCAGCUGUCAUUCCUGCAACAUGGGCGAUACGAAUAUUUGCAACAGCUGGGGCUUCUUGGGACUGCAGUCCAACGACGGGGGAGGCUAUUCGGAAUAUGUCGCAGUCAAAGAGGACAUGUGCCAUGUCUUGCCUGAUUCUGUAUCCUUAUCUGAAGCGGCCUUGAUUGAGCCGUUGACAGUGGCCAGGCAUGCAACAAAAAAGUCUGGAUUCGACGACUAUCAAGACAAAACGGUUCUCGUGCUUGGUGGUGGACCUGUUGGGCUAGCUUUAAUCUUCGUGUUAAAAGCCUCCGGAGUCGGCAGACUCAUCGUAAGCGAGCCAACGGCCAAGCGGCAAAAGCAGGCAGCUGAAUUUGUCGACACGGUGUUGAAUCCCAGGGAGGUCAAUGUGCCAGAGAAAUGCCGUGUGUUAACGGACGGCAGGGGAGUGGAUAUUGUAUUCGACUGUGCAGGAAUCAUGCCGGGUCUGAAAGAUGGCAUGGAUGCUCUUCGACGUGGCGGGACAUACGUCAACGUCGCUGGUUGGGAAAGAGAGUGCAUUGUGCCAAUGGGAUUUUUCAUGUUGAAGGAGAUCAUCUUCAGGGCUUCAAUGAGCUACACCGGAGAAGAUUUCAAGCAGACUGUGGACGAAUUCGUUGCAGGAAAAUUCAAGGGGUUUGAGAAACUGGUUACCGCAAGAAUAGCAUUGGACGACGUCGUGGUUAAAGGGUUUGAGGAGCUUGUCAACAACAAGGACGAUCACGUCAAGAUCAUGGUGACCCCGAGGAAGGAGCUGUUGGUGCAAUAA